AUGAUUAAUCUCCAUCGCCCUUUCAUAAUCCACAGCCCUGAAAUGGUUUCCAAGAUUAUCAAGAAACGAACUCCGCCACGAUCCAUCAAGCGCCACCGCCACCACCACCGGAGAAAGACUUCUCCGGUGAAGAAGAAUGGUUCGUUCUCCGUCAUUGCCUCCCUCAACAAGUCCAUCAAGACUUGCCGUCGUCGCAUCGUGAGGCUUUUCUCGAGGUUAGCCCAUAUAGCAACCCCUUCCACCGCCGCCAAACGCUACCGCAAUGGCUUCCAACUCCUCAAGCAAGAAGAAAACGAAGAGCAAGAAGAGUUCUGUGGGUUCGAAAGCAAUUUCAUCGUUCCUCGUGCUUUAGUGUUCGAGCGGUGCUUGCUUCCACCGUUGAUUUCCAAGACGAAAAAGACGAUCUUUCUUGACUUGGACGAGACCCUGGUGCAUUCUAGCCCCGACCCUCCUCCCGAAACGUACGAUUUCGUCGUACGGCCGAGCAUUGAAGGCCAGGUCAUGAACUUCUACGUGUCGAAACGGCCCGGCGUCGAUUUUUUCCUGGAAGAAAUAAGCAAGAAACACGAAGUGGUGGUUUUCACGGCGGGGCUCAAGCAAUAUGCUUCCCAGGUCUUGGAUAAGCUCGACCCGAAGGGCUUAAUAUCCCACCGGCUUUAUCGGGAUUCUUGCAAGGAACUGAACGGGAAGUUCGUUAAAGACUUGUCUGAAAUGGGGAGGGAUUUAGGGAGAAUUGUCAUCGUCGACGAUAACCCAAACGCUUACUCUCUGCAACCAGAGAACGCCGUCCCUAUACGACCAUUUGUGGAGGAUAGUCACGAUAGGGAGCUGGAGAAAUUGGUGCAAUUCUUUCAGUGGUGUGAACGGUUCGAGGAUAUGAGAGUAGCGGUCAAGCAGUAUUUCAACGGUGGCGGCGCUGCUGAUGAUUAUGGCUUUGUGCAGUUGAAGCUAUGACUCUUGCAGUCUUGCUCUGCUCAUAACGGUGGUUCAAUUCUUUUUUUUUUCUUUCUUGUUUUCGUUUUUGAACAAUAGAUUUUGUUCAAGUUAGAAAAAAAAAAAAAAACCCAAAAGGCCUGCAUUAUGAUUAGAUCGAAUUCCACGUCUUCAUUGUUAUAUUCUCUUCUCUUUCUUUUUUCUUUUCCCAGAUUUUUCAUGUAAGAUUUAAAGAUCUAUAACUAGUUUCAAACUUUCAAAGCA